AUGCCUGUGAGACGAGCAUUAUGUUCAAAUGCUGUUUAUGCGCUUAAAUCAAGCGAUAAGAUUUUGGCAUAUACAUUUUCGAAAUGUUCAACAUUAUAUCGGAAAGUAGUGGUUUAUACCUACGAUAUUUCCACGCUAAUUAUCUUUAUUCAUAGCAAGGUAGAACCCGAAGGUCAAUUUUCUGUCGCUUUUUUUUUCAAUUAUGAAUUACGCCAAGCGACGAAAAAGCUAAUGAUUGGAUAA